UUACCUUUGUCUUUUGCAUCCAUUCCUUCUCCAUCCACUCAAUGCUGUUUGCCUUCUCUCCCUCACAUAAGCUUUUGCACUUAAUUAUCAGUUUGCACACACCCUAUCUUUUUAUCUCUCUCUGUCUCUCUCACUUUGCUCUCCCUUGCAGUUAGGGUUUCCUCUUUAAGGGUGCUCUUCCUGUGACAAAUCUGCUAUUUAUAUCUCUCAUUGGCUAAAGCUCUUUUGUCUUGUGAGGGUAAAAGAGCAGCUUCUAAAGGGCCUCCCACAAGGGCAAAGAAAAAGGUACUUCCCUUUUAGUUCAUCUGAUCAAAGAAACCUACAUCACAAACAGGGAAAUCAAAUCAUCAGAAAAUGGCAUCAUCCAGCUCCUACAAUUCUCCAUGUGCUGCCUGCAAAUUCCUGAGGAGGAAAUGCCUUCCAGGGUGCAUCUUUGCACCUUACUUCCCACCAGAAGAGCCUCAAAAAUUCGCCAACGUGCACAAGAUCUUCGGUGCCAGCAAUGUGACCAAGCUCCUCAACGAACUCCUCCCUCACCAGAGGGAAGAUGCAGUGAACUCUCUAGCUUAUGAAGCUGAGGCACGUGUGAGAGACCCCGUUUAUGGCUGCGUUGGUGCCAUCUCUUUCCUCCAGAGACAAGUCCAGAGGCUCCAAAAGGAGCUUGAUUCUGCAAAUGCUGAUCUCCUUCGCUAUGCCUGCAAUGACAUGCCUCCACCUUCUCUUCCUAUGCCACCACCAUCAAUCACAACAACAAAUACAAUUCCACAAAUAAUGCCUCAAAGGUCUUAUAGUGCAAGGUUUGGUAAUGAAGCAACAAGUGGCUUCUAUAGGCCCUCUCCCACUACUUACUCUUUCCCUUAUUCUCUUCCAUGGACUGAUACCCCUCCUGAGGAUAUGAAUGAUGGGGGAGGACAAGGAGGAGGUAGCUUGUGAAAUCAUGUUUCAAGAUUAGGGUUUUAUGCCUCUUGAGUCUUGAGUCUUGAGUCAUGAGGAUACCCUGCAAUAUUUAUAAUAUCUAGUUAUGGUCUCUGGCUAUGUAGCCUCACUUGGACUCUUCUGGCUAGGUGACUGAAGGUCUACUGUUUAGUUAAAUUUCUGAGAUUAAUUUGAAGGGCUUUUGUUUAAUUAAUAAUUUCUAGGUGGUGAUGAAUGAUGAUGAACAUGUGUUGUUUAUUAAGACCUAAGCUACCAAAAACAUGGGUAGUCUUUCCAAAAUCUUUAGUCCUGAAUAAGUCGGUGGUGGAGCAUGCAUAGUAAUGUAUGACUACUACUAUAGACCUACUCUUAUUGUGUAUUCAGUGCAACUCUAUAGGCAUGUGCAGUGAGCAUGCGGAGUUGACAUUCUCUGUCAUUGUUUAUGAUUAAGAAUAAAUGAGCGAUAACGUUACUUGAUUCUAAAGCCUAACUCUACGGGUUAG